AUGGUCAAGUGCAGCGUUGUGGGACACGUCCACGAGAGAAUCCAGCAAGUGGGCGAAGGCACUUACGGUAAGGUGUACAAGGGGAGGAACCUAAUCACGAACGAGUUGGUUGCGUUGAAAAAGUUGCGGCUCGAGGCCGAAAGAGAAGGUUUUCCCAUCACCUCGCACCGGGAGAUCGGGUUGUUGCAGUCAUUUGACCACGAGAAUAUUGUUGGACUCUCAGAAAUCAUGUUGGAGAAAAACCAGGUGUUCAUGGUGUUCCCGUACAUGAACCACGACUUGAGCGGGAUCUUGCAGCAAGGGAACAUCCAGAUCUCGCUCGGUGAGAAGAAGAACAUCUUCCAUCAACUUUUGAAGGGAGUGGAGUACUUGCACGCCAAGCGCGUUAUUCAUCGGGACAUCAAGGGCUCCAACAUCUUGAUCAACAACGAGGGCGUCUUAAAGAUCACCGACUUCGGGUUGGCCCGCAAGAUGAAGAACAUCAACGAGGACUUGGUGUCGCCGAACUACACCAACAGGGUCAUCACGCUCUGGUACCGGCCUCCAGAAAUCUUGCUCGGCUCCACAGACUACAGCCGGGAGGUCGACAUCUGGGGGGUCGGCUGCAUAUUGAUGGAGCUCUUCACAAGGAGGGCCAUAUUUCAGGGUACAAACGAGAUCGACCAGCUCUGGAAGGUUUAUGACAUCAUGGGCACAAUUUCCACUGAGGACUGGCCGGACGCAUACAAGUUGCCGUGGUUCGAGAUUUUGCGGCCGAACUACCGAACCGAGUUCCGGUUUAAGGCCAAAUUCGGAGCGCUGCUAACGCCGGAAUGCUACAACCUCGCUACGUCCUUAUUGCAGCUUAACCCAAAGAAAAGACUAGCUGCUGCAGACGCCCUCAAGCACCCCUACUUCAGCGAGGAGCCUCGUAUGUGUCCGCUACUCUUUUUGGACACCGUCAAGGGCGAGUGGCACGAGUUCGAGGCAAAGCAGAAGCGGAAGCAACGGCAGAAGCAGCAGCAACAACAGCAGCAACAACAGCAGCAACAACAGCAGCAACAACAGCAGAUAUCGAACGAAAAUGCAGCUGCUAAUUAG